UUUUUCUCUGACACGCAAAAAAAAAAUAAAAAAAAUAGUAUUAAUCGAACAUGUAUUUAUCCACACACAGCUAUACUUCACCAACCUCGUCUUCCAUUUUCAGAGCUUGCAGGGUGCGAUUCGCUUCUACUCUCUCUCCGCCUGUGAACCAUUCGUUCUCGUCGGUUUCUCGGACCUUCGCCAGGAGUUCGCCGUCGCGCGCGUUUACGCCGCCCUCCAACGUUAGCUGCCGAUCGUUGAGCUUCUCGUCGGCGCUUCGGUCGAUCCGCUACUCUUCUUCCCAGCGGUGGAGUCACGGUGCUGAUUGGCGAUCCCCGGUCAGUCUUAGAGCGCAGAUCAGGUCUUCAUCUCCUGUUCUCGAACGCUUCGAGCGCAAGAUUGCUACCAUGGCUUCAGAACAUCCUUUUAACGGAAUUUUAUCUGGUCUUCCCAAGCCUGAAGGAGGUGAAUUUGGAAAGUUCUAUAGCCUUCCUGCUUUGAACGAUCCUAGAAUUGACAAGCUUCCAUAUUCUAUCAAGAUACUCUUAGAAUCAGCUAUACGAAAUUGUGAUAACUUCCAAGUCACAAAGGAGGAUGUUGAAAAAAUUAUUGAUUGGGAAAAUUCUGCCCCAAAGCAAGUUGAGAUCCCUUUUAAGCCAGCUCGUGUUCUGUUACAGGAUUUUACUGGAGUGCCAGCUGUGGUUGACCUUGCUUCUAUGCGGGAGGCUAUCACAGCACUUGGUAGUGACGCAGCCAAAAUCAAUCCUUUGGUUCCAGUAGAUCUAGUCAUCGACCACUCUGUUCAGGUUGAUGUAGCUAGAUCAGAAAAUGCCGUGCAGGCGAACAUGGAUCUUGAAUUCAAGAGAAACAAAGAAAGGUUUGCUUUUCUUAAAUGGGGAUCCACUGCCUUCCAAAAUAUGCUCGUUGUUCCUCCUGGUUCUGGUAUUGUCCAUCAGGUUAAUCUAGAGUAUCUUGGACGGGUUGUUUUCAACACCAAGGGCAUUCUGUACCCUGAUAGUGUUGUUGGAACUGAUUCUCAUACAACCAUGAUUGAUGGAUUGGGUGUUGCUGGAUGGGGAGUUGGAGGAAUUGAAGCCGAGGCAGCAAUGCUUGGCCAGCCAAUGAGCAUGGUUCUGCCGGGCGUUGUUGGUUUUAAGUUGACUGGAAAAUUGCGUGAUGGAGUUACUGCGACUGAUUUGGUUUUAACUGUGACGCAAAUGUUGAGAAAGCAUGGUGUUGUUGGCAAGUUUGUUGAGUUUUAUGGUGAGGGUAUGGGCCAAUUAUCAUUAGCAGAUAGAGCAACUAUUGCAAACAUGUCUCCCGAGUAUGGAGCAACCAUGGGGUUCUUCCCAGUUGAUCAUGUCACGCUACAAUACUUGAAAUUGACCGGAAGAAGUGAUGAGACGGUUGCAAUGAUUGAAGCAUACUUGCGGGCAAACAGAAUGUUCAUUGACUACAAUGAGCCUCAAGAAGAGAAAGUGUACUCAUCAUAUCUGGAUUUGGAGCUUUCUGAUGUUGAACCCUGUAUAUCAGGACCCAAAAGGCCUCAUGACCGGGUUCCUUUGAAAGAUAUGAAAGACGAUUGGCAUUCGUGUCUCGACAACAAAAUUGGGUUCAAGGGGUUUGCUAUACCUAAGGAAAAACAAGAGAAGGUUGUAAAGUUCUCGUUCAAUGGUCAGCCUGCAGAACUCAAGCAUGGAAGUGUUGUCAUAGCAGCUAUUACAAGCUGCACAAACACAUCAAACCCAAGUGUGAUGCUUGGAGCUGGUCUUGUUGCAAAGAAGGCAUGUGAACUGGGGUUAGAGGUAAAACCAUGGGUGAAAACAAGUCUUGCCCCGGGUUCUGGGGUUGUAACAAAAUAUUUGCUCCAGAGUGGAUUGCAGAAGUACUUGAACCAGCAAGGCUUUAAUAUUGUUGGUUAUGGUUGCACAACUUGUAUUGGUAAUUCUGGGGAUCUUGACGAAUCAGUUGCCUCUGCUAUUGCUGACAAUGACCUUGUUGCUGCUGCUGUCCUAUCUGGAAAUAGGAACUUCGAAGGCCGUGUUCAUCCCCUAACAAGAGCUAACUAUCUCGCCUCGCCUCCACUUGUUAUGGCUUAUGCACUUGCUGGCACGGUUGACAUUGACUUCGAGAAAGAGCCAAUUGGAACUGGAAAAGAUGGAAAAAGUGUGUAUUUCAGGGAUAUCUGGCCCACCAGUGAAGAAAUUGCACAAGUUGUUCAAUCUAGCGUACUUCCUGAAAUGUUCAAGAGCACUUACGAAGCCAUUACAAAAGGCAAUGAAUUCUGGAAUCAAUUAUCAGUGCCCUCAUCAAGCCUUUAUGGGUGGGACUCGGACUCUACGUACAUCCACAAGCCUCCAUAUUUCGAUGGUAUGACAAUGGACCCACCUGGUCCACGUGGAGUGAAGGAUGCAUAUUGCUUGCUGUUGUUUGGAGACAGUAUCACCACCGACCACAUCUCGCCAGCUGGCAGUAUCCAGAAAGAUAGUCCUGCUGCAAAGUAUUUGAUGGACCGUGGCGUCGACAGAAAGGAUUUUAAUUCUUAUGGUAGUCGUCGUGGCAAUGAUGAGGUUAUGGCUAGGGGUACUUUCGCCAAUAUCCGAAUAGUGAACAAAUUGCUCAAUGGUGAAGUUGGCCCAAAGACUGUUCACAUUCCGACAGGAGAGAAACUAUAUGUUUAUGAUGCUGCAAUGAGAUACAAGUCAUCGGGGCAGGACACUAUUGUUUUGGCUGGAGCAGAAUAUGGAAGUGGCAGUUCUCGAGACUGGGCUGCCAAGGGACCAAUGCUUCAGGGUGUGAAAGCAGUGAUAGCCAAAAGUUUCGAGAGGAUUCACCGCAGUAACUUAGUCGGCAUGGGUAUCCUUCCACUUUGCUUCAAGGCUGGCGAGGAUGCAGAAACACUUGGCUUGACAGGUCAUGAGCGCUACACCAUUGACCUUCCAGAAAAAACGAGCGAUAUUAAGCCUGGACAAGAUAUUACCGUGACGACAGAUAAUGGAAAAUCUUUCACAUGUACCUUGCGAUUUGACACAGAGGUUGAACUGACGUACUUCGACCAUGGAGGCAUCCUUCAGUAUGUCAUUCGAAACUUGAGCAAACAGUAAAGCCUUACUCUAGCGAAAGAAUUUCCGCUUUGUGUUCAACCAGUUUCCUCAUCUUUCAGAACACUCGGUCGUUGAUGCGGUGAAUAAUCUCUCAGAUGCUUGCUAAGCUGUAUUUUCCUUGUCCACAAAGUUUUUCAAUAAUCGGGGGAAAUUGAGAUGGUAUUUUACAUGGUUUCAACAUAAACGUUGUUUUGCUUUCGAUGAAACAGAAGUACUUAUACAUGUAUGCUAUCUAUGGAUAUGAAUGAUUUUGUUAUCAUUUUCUAUAUCUGUUC